AUCCUGUUUUGCGAAUUGCCCUUGUGCCUGCCUUUAUCCGAGACUAAACUUGGUCCAGACAUGAGUCAGACGAUGUGAGUGUAUAAGCAAUCGGUAACCAACCGCCCCACAAAGAGCAGAAUACAAAGUUAGUAGCUCAUAAGGUGUUCUCUGCUAAAAGAACGGUCUACAGUACGCCGCAAAUCACUGAGCUGUUGACUGGUCGAUGAGACGGUCAAACCUUUCCUUUUUCAUUACAUUUUUACCGUCUCCGAUAGUGAAUCGUUACCCAAGCUCUAAAGAUAAGCUCGCGAAGAUACUCGAAGAUCGUUGUAACAAAGCCAAAGUAAUUAGCUCGAAUCCAUCCAUCUCGAAACAAUAAUUGGGAAAAAGAUGACUCGUGAACUAUCGAUACCAGAAUGGUUGAAAAACAGAGGGAUACUAGUCACCGGGGCGACUGGUUUUCUUGGAAAAGUUUUAGUUGCAAAACUGCUAUUGUCGUGUCCGCAAGGUGGAAAUAUUUACCUGUUGGUUAGAGAAAAAAGAGGCCAGAGUCCAAAAGCAAGACUGCAUACGCUGAUACAGCAAGAACCGUACAGGGUGCUUCGCGAAAAUCAUCCUGAACGCCUUAAGCGACUUGUUGUUAUUUCUGGGGAUACAAGCGUCGAGGGUCUCGCUCUUUCCCCCGAGGACAAGGAUCGUUUAAUGGAGGAUGUUUCCGUGGUUUUUCACAUGGCUGCCAACGUGAGAUUCGAUCUUCCUCUACGUACUGCUAUCAACAUGAACACCAAGGGGGCCGCGAAUAUUAUCAAAGUUGCAAAGCAGCUGCCAAACUUAGUAUCUCUGGUUCACGUGUCAACGGCUUACUGCCAUUGCGGACAAACGCGUCUCGAGGAAAGGGCUUACACCCCAAACAUUUCGCCGGAAUUUGCAAUUGCAGCUGUCGACUCCAUGAGCGACGACCAACUGAAGUCUUUAGAGCGCAAAUUGCUAGGCGAUCAACCCAACACCUACGCUCUGAGCAAAUGCCUCAGCGAAGACCUGAUGGCCAGGUCUGGACUUCCGGUAGGCAUCGCCAGACCUUCCAUUGUGAUCGCAUCUUGGAAAGAACCAGCACCGGGGUGGGUGGAUAACUUAAACGGGCCAACCGGUUUGAUAGUAGCCGCGGGAAAAGGUGUGAUCCGAUCGAUGCACUGUAACAGUGAAUACCUUGCGGACUUAAUGCCUUGCGAUAUCGUGGCAAACGCCGUGAUUGCUCUUGCCUGGAAGGUGGGUUUGGAAACUUCCUGUAAACCGAUUUUCGUCAACGUUACGGAGAGCGGACGAAACCCAAUCACUUGGGCAGGCGCCCUGAAUGCCGGCAGAAGACAUGCUCUUUCAAAUCCAUUUUCAGGCCCACUUUGGUAUCCAGGCGGUAGAUUCACUUCCUCAGCAGUUCUGCAUUGGUUUUCUGUGAUGUUCCUUCACCUUCUCCCUGCCUACCUGUUGGAUCCUUUGAUAUACUUGAGCGGGAACAAACCUUUUUUGGUCAAGAUUCAAGGGAGAGUUUCUACCGGUUUGAGCUUGCUGCAGUAUUAUACGACCAAGGAAUGGGUCUUUCUGAAUGGCACUUUAAGAGAACUGCAAGACCAACUAUGCCCCUCGGAUAGCGCAAUAUUCUUCAUGGACACGAAGGACAUGUGCUGGGACGAUUAUCUCUAUCAAUACAUUCUUGGGAUCAGAAAAUACUGCCUAAAAGACGACCCGUCGACUUUGCCUCACGCAAGAAGAGUUUUUCAUUAUUUGUACAUCGCCGAUAGAAUAUUGCGAAUUGUUGUUGCAGGAUUCAUCGCAUGGUUCGUUUACUCAUGGUUCGCGUCAACAACGGCGGGCACAGCAUCGAUAAUCGAGAUGCAAGAUUCAUAGUUACAUUUUUUCUUGUGUCCUUCACGUCAUGUCAUGCAUUGCGAGUAUUUCCCGUCUAACCAGCUGUUCAUACUUAGCUAAAUAACGCAAUUAUACACAUACUGUCACAUAUGUAUGUAUUCAAAUUUCACGUACAAUUAGACCGCGUGGUCUAAUCGGUGGAAGAAAAGCAGGAGAAGAAACUUGUAAUUAAAACAUUGUAAAACGGUCUCACUGACACUGUAUUGUAAAUAUA